AUGGUUGACAUGGACAAAGAAGUUGUUGAGAGGCACCUGGCUGCAUUGGAUGUGUACAAAUCCCCUGGGUCAGACAAUACUGAACGUCUUUAUACUAAUGUGUAUAAAGAAAUCUGUGAAAGCCACGGAAAGGUCUUCACCUGGGAUUUGAAAUCAUCAGUUAUGGGUAGAAGAGCAUUGGAUGGUGCAGAGAUCAUGCGAAAUGUCCUAGGCCUUCCAAUCACCAAAGAAGAAAUAGUGAAUGAAUGUGAAAUUAAGCUAAAAAAAGUAUUUCACACAUCUGUGCUGAUGCCAGGAGUUGAAAAAUUAGUCCACCACCUACAUCAACACAAUAUACCCAUAGCUGUUGCCACCAGUUCAGCCAAAGAGCCAUUUGAAAUGAAAACAAUUCAACACAAAGACUUAUUUAAAUUAUUUCAUCAUAUUGUGUUGGGAGAUGACCCUGAUUUGAAGAACGGCAAGCCAGAUCCUGAUAUAUAUUUGAUUUGUUGUAAGAGAUUUAAGCCACCAGCAGCUCCAGAAAAGUGUCUUGUAUUUGAAGAUGCUCCAACUGGAGUCAGAGCAGGUCUGGCAGCUGGGAUGCAAGUGGUCAUGGUUCCAGAUGAAAACCUGAACAAAGAUCUCACAAAAGAAGCAACUCUAGUACUUCAGUCUAUGAAUCAUUUUAAGCCAGAAUUGUUUGGUCUACCACCAUUUCCCUGA